GCAAAUUAAAGGAUAUACGGGUCACGCAGCCCAUAUCUCUCCAUUCGUGGAUUAGGGUUACAUUACUUACUUACGCCUUCACUCUUCUGUUUUGUUUCCACUUCUUCUUGUUGUUGCGCAAGUAGCUUUGGAGCAUUUGCUGCUCAGUUCCCAAAUCCCACAACAUGGCAAGAGGAUUGAAGAAGCAUUUGAAGAGGCUCAAUGCCCCCAAGCAUUGGAUGCUUGACAAAUUGGGUGGUGCUUUUGCUCCUAAACCCUCAUCUGGACCACACAAGUCAAGGGAAUGUCUUCCACUCAUUCUCAUUUUGCGAAACAGGUUGAAGUAUGCUUUGACAUACCGUGAGGUUAUUGCUAUUCUUAUGCAGCGUCAUGUCCUUGUUGAUGGGAAAGUCAGGACUGACAAGACUUAUCCAGCUGGAUUCAUGGAUGUUGUGUCAAUUCCUAAAACUAAUGAGAGCUUUCGCCUGCUUUAUGACACUAAAGGCCGUUUCCGUCUCCACUCACUUAGGGAUGAUGAGGCAAAGUUCAAGCUCUGCAAGGUUCGAUCAGUUCAAUUUGGGCAGAAAGGUAUCCCAUACCUGAACACCUAUGAUGGUCGCACUAUCCGCUACCCAGACCCUGUCAUCAGGGCCAAUGACACCAUCAAGCUGGAUCUUGAGGAAAACAAGAUUGUUGAUUUCAUCAAAUUUGAUGUUGGUAAUGUUGUGAUGGUUACUGGUGGAAGGAACAGAGGGCGUGUCGGAGUGAUCAAGAACAGGGAAAAACAUAAGGGAACCUUCGAGACAAUCCACGUUCAGGAUUCUACUGGUCAUGAAUUUGCAACUCGUUUGGCCAAUGUGUUCACUAUUGGUAAGGGAACAAAGCCAUGGGUAUCUCUCCCUAAGGGUAAGGGUAUUAAGCUAACCGUCAUCGAGGAAGCUAGAAAGAGGGCUGCUGCAGCCCAACAAGCAAUUGCUGCUUAAAUCUAUUUCGAAUAAUUUAUCAGACUCGAGUGCUUUGUAGUUUAUUGACGAUUUUGGUUUCUUAUGUUUUUUAUCAGCUGAAUUUUGACUUUUGCAAUUUGCACUAUACAACUUUUAUUGUUCCUACUAUACUUAUUCCUGAAGGAAUCUUUUCAUUCCCUA